AUGUCUCUCUUCGGCCAACCCCAGAACCAGACUGCCUCUUCCGGCGGUCUCUUUGGAGGCACCGCGAGUAACACAGCACCGAAGCCUAGUCUGUUCGGCACCAGUACGACUACCAGCGCCCAACCUGCUUCGGGAGGAGGACUGUUCGGCGGCGCGACACAGAAUCAGCAACAAAAUACCUCGGGAGGUGGCCUGUUCGGAUCCUCUACAACUGCUCAAACUCAGCAACCGCAACAAUCUGGGGGCCUAUUUGGACAGAGCACCGCGAAGCCUGCUGGUGGCUUACUGGGCGGCGGUCUUGGGCAACCAACCCAGCCAGCCCAAUCUGGUGGGCUUUUUGGACAAACCUCAACUCAACAGCCUGCUCAACAGCCUUCGACUGGUGGUGGCCUAUUUGGCCUCGCCGCCAGCACGCAGCAGCAGUCGCAGCCUCAGCAGCAACAGGGCGGUCUAUUUGGCGGAUCUACACUUGGAGGACAACAGCAGCAGACGCAACAAAACCAGCAGUCGCAGUUCGGACAGACCACCAUGGCCACACCCCAGGCUCAGCAACAACAAUCCCUGUCGUCAAGCUUGUGGUCUCCUGGCCGUGCUAUCACCGGAGUUCACCGAACUGUACCUAUGCAACUGGAGAUUGUCGUGGAGAAAUGGAAUGCGGGAAGUCGCUCCUCCCCGUUCCGCUCAUACCUCUACAAUAACGUUGGCGAGGAUACCGCGCCGUUCUAUCAACCCGGCCCCGAGGAUGACGAAACGAAAUGGGAGGAGGCUUUGCGCAAGCGACCCGACCCGGGCUACGUCCCCGUGCUUGUGAAGGGCUUCUGGGAGCUUGGCAAGCGUGCUCAGCGCCAGAAAGACUUCCUCGCAAUGAUGCAACGCCGCCUCCACGAAAUCAACAACUGCUUAACGGAUAUGCUAUCACGCCACGACCUCAAGAUCUCUGUCAAGAUUGCCGACUGCCGCCGCAAGCACAUGGUGCUGAGCAAGCGGUGCCUUGCUCUUGCGGCCAAGACUCAGGUCUUGCGUAACCGAGGCUACGCCAUGGACGAUGCGGAGGAGGAGCUAAAGAAGAAGCUGAAUCAAUUGGAGCGCUCAGUCUUUGAUCCUUCUGUCAGUGGCCGUUCUGAGGAGAUCUGGGCUCGCAUGUUGGCUAUUCAUGAGCACGGCAAGCGCCUUCAGGCCGAGAUGGAGCGCGUGGGUGCGAAUACGAACUUGAACGGGGACGAUGAGCUUGACGAACAGACUCUGAAGACGGCGAAGAAGAUCCUUGACGAUUAUCACGCUCAGAUCCAGCACCUUCAGAAGGAGCUCGGAUCGGUCAAGAAGGAAUUCGAUGAGGCGCAGAAGCUUAACGGCAACUGA